AUGGCAUCAGAGGAGGACCAAAACUGCACGAGGCAAACGUCCAUCACAUGGGGCGAGUUUUACAAGCUCGUGCAGAGGUUCUUUUGCUCCUACCCAGACCCCGAUAUGCUCGCUGUUCUUAAAAGGGCCAUCGUCCUCGUCUUCGGCAAGCGUGCUUUGUACCUCUGCCUACCCAGUGAAGACAAAGAGGCUCCCAUCCACUUGAUUCAGACCGACGAUUUGCAUGUGGAUCUUUUCUCAGAUGGAGACAAGCCUUACUACGCGAAGAUGUGGAGGUGGAACAAGAGAUGCUACAAAGGGGAAUGGAGUCGCUUCAGGCGGCCGGCCUCCCGGAAGCUUACAUCUCGGAUGUCAACUCAACCAUUGCGUCCAAGCUUAGCCCGUCAUCGCGGCCACUACAUCUACCGUCGUUUCCAUCGACAGAUGAAGAAGCUUGGGCAAUUCAACCUACCUUCCUCGAAGCGUCGCCUGACAAGCAAAACGUCUGCUACAGUCCCCGUAGAGGAGUCCUACGCUGCAGACCCCGAUGCCCAGUCCAUGCCGUCUUCGUCUUCCUGUCGACAGGUUGCGUCGGACCAAGAAGCGACGCAGCUCUUGGAUCCGGGCGAGGAGGCCGCCGCGAUCUUGCACGGCUGA